AAGCAAAAAGUUUUUCCUUCUCAUUUUGUUCCUUCAACCGGGCAAUGACGACAAUCACAUGGAAUCACCCUCCUCCUAUUUAAUUGAGCUGAUCGGCGGAAGAGACUGUCCGGCGACUGUGGCUGCAACGAUGCGCCACCGAAGAAGCGGCCAUCAACGCCGAUUAUAGGAUGAACCAGCGACCCAGACCCACCAGAUCGCCGCCAGAUUCUCAUGCCCAAAACCCCCUUAACCUAGCCCUAGCAUCCCCCAAAAUGGGCCGCAAAUCGCUCCUCAAACCCACGCUCGCCACCGCCUUCGUCCUCAUCGCCUGCUACGCCCUCUUCAACACCUUCGUUUACCCUAGCCCUUCCAAGCUCGACGCCGACACUGCCUUUGUUUCCCGGGAAAACAACGCCAUCGGUUUUCCCGCGAAUUCUGGCCCCGUCAUGGUCUACAUGUACGAUCUCCCGAGAAAGUUCACGUACGGGGUGAUAGAGAGCUACGCGAUGGCCCGAGGGGGCCUGAAAGCUCCGGUGGACGACGUUUCCGAGUUGAAGUACCCGGGCAACCAGCACUCGGCCGAGUGGCAUUUGUUCGCCGAUUUGAACCGCAACGACCUCUCCGGUUCGCCAAUCACUAGGGUUUUCGAUCCCGCCCAGGCCGACCUCUUCUACGUGCCUUUCUUCUCGUCGCUAAGCUUGGUAGUGAAUCCGAUCCGGCCCGCUGCUUCCGUGGCCGGCGAUGGUCCAACCUACAGCGAUGAGGAGAUGCAGGAGGCUCUGAUCGAGUGGUUAGAGGGGCAGCCCUACUGGAAGAGGAACAAUGGCUGGGACCACGUGUUCAUAUGUCAGGACCCGAAUGCGUUGUACAAGGUGGUCGAUCGGGUCAAGAAUAGCGUGCUUCUUGUUUCGGAUUUCGGGAGGCUGGCCCGAGCUCGGGCCUCGUUGGUCAAGGAUGUGAUCUUGCCUUACUCUCAUAGGAUCAGGACCUUCGAUGGGGAUGUUGGUAUUGAGUCCCGGAAGUCUUUGUUGUUCUUCAUGGGGAACCGGUAUCGGAAAGAGGGUGGGAAAAUUCGUGACUUGCUUUUUCAACUACUUGAGAAUGAAGAAGAUGUCAUUAUAAAACAUGGUACACAAUCCAGAGAGAGUAGGCGUGCAGCUUCGCAGGGAAUGCAUACAUCAAAGUUCUGUUUGCAUCCUGCUGGUGAUACUCCAUCGGCCUGCCGACUCUUUGAUGCUAUAGUGAGCUUGUGUGUUCCAGUAAUAAUUAGUGAUUAUAUUGAGUUACCGUUUGAAGACAUCAUAGAUUAUAGAAAAAUUGCAGUCUUUGUAGAUUCAGAAUCUGCUGUAAAGCCAGGCUACUUAAUUAAAUUGCUCAGGCGAGUAAGCACAAGGACAAUUCUGAAAUUCCAACAGGAAAUGAAAGAGGUGAAGCGAUACUUUGAGUACGAGGAUCCAAAUGGAACAGUGAAAGAAAUCUGGCGUCAAGUCUCUCUAAAACUCCCACUCAUCAAACUGAUGAUCAAUCGCGACAAACGUCUUGUGAAGAGGGACUUGCCUGAUCCAGAUUGCUCCUGUCUCUGUUCGAACCAGUCAGGAAUCCGCACCACACUGUGAUGCUUCUUGUGAAUACUUUAAUGACAGAUGAAGUUUGAAGGUCUGUUUCUAUUCUCAGAGAAAAUAUGAGAUACUGACUUUAGAGCCACCAGAAAGUAGACAUCUGAUUGUAUCAUGGCACAGAAGUAUUUGAUUGGGCUCAUCUGCUAUUUAUUGUUGAAGAACUGAAGGUAUUGCCCCUGCCCUCGAAACUACACAGCAUCAUUUAUUCUCUCGAGUUUUUUGGUAGAAUAAAUUUUUUUUUUGGGUAUUCAUUUUCACUGUUGUUGUCUACUACAUACUAUCUUCUGCAUUUUUUAAUGCUGAGGGUGAUAAUGGGGAACAAAACAUUCAUACCUUUCUACUUGUUGUAACUAAUAGAGCGGCAUACAUGGCUGCAUUAAAAGAGAUCAGGCAGGUUCUGUAUGCCGAUGCCUCUCUUUCCCCCAUGUUUACUACUACAAAGGGCAUGUGAGGUCUAAUAAAAUAGGUGGUGGGGUUAUCCAAUUUUACUCA